GCCAAGUCGGCCCUUCUUUUAAAAUCGCCAUCAUUAUACUUCACUUCCUUAGGAACUAGCCGUUACAUAUCUCUUUCUCUCUGUUUCUCUCCAUGGCAGCUUCAGUGGACUCGCCAUCCCCUGCCCAUCUCAAUAAGGAGAGCACAAACUUGAUGGUUUCUUCUCCUCUGUUCAGCCCUAGUUCUGAUAAGCGUUUCUGGAGCACUCUUCGUAACCGGAUUGAUACGCUUCUGGAGAAUCGCCAAUGCAAGGUUUCAAAAGCCCAAGAUCAGCUCAAUCUUGACCCACCUUCAGCUACCCAAUUGAGUGCAGGAGAAUCAAAUCGAGCAAAGAUAACGAAGGAAGACUCGUUGCUUUUGCUAAGAGGGUUUGACUCAAUUGCUCAAACACUCUCUCAGCUCUCCAACAAUCUGGACAAUGCUCUUCAGGGAGCUAGAUAUUUAUCUGAACCACCUACGUUGAGUGAAAUAUUACACAGUAAUCUCAAAAAUUCAGAUAAUAAGCAAGAGGGUUUAGAAAAGGAACAAAAUGAAAAAGGAGGAGAAAGUAAAGGAUCAAAAAGGAAGUUCGAUCAAACUGACAGCUCAGAGGAUCAUAGAAAUGAGUCACUCAAGGAAAAUGAACAGAGCCCGAAGGACAAGAAGCUAAAGAAAGUAAAAAAUCUUGCAAUUUCCAUGGCUACAAAAGCAGCUUCACUUGCAAGAGAAAUAAAGUCAAUAAAAUCAGAUUUAUGUUUUGUGCAAGAGAGAUGCACUCUGCUUGAAGAAGAGAACAGGAGGCUCAGAGAUGGAGUCUCUAAGGGGAUCAGACCAGAGGAAGAUGACUUGAUGAGGCUUCAAAUGGAGGCCCUGCUUUCAGAAAAAUCCAGAUUAGCCAAUGAAAACGCCAAUCUGAUAAGGGAAAACCAAUGCCUUCACCAACUUGUUGAGUAUCACCAACUCACCUCCUUAGAUCUUUCUGCUUCUUAUGAGCAACUUGUUCAAGGAAUGUGCUUAGACUUUUCUUCUCCAUCAUCAUCCACGAAGGAAGAGCCAGAAAAUGCAGCAGAUAAUAAUGAAGUUCCAAAAACACCAGGGGCUACUUUUUUUAGUUUCUCAACUUCCCUUGACGAGUGCUUCCAAGAACAGCAGUAGGCAUUUGCCUAGAAUAAUGGAAGUUUUGUCCAUAUGACUUUGGAUUUCAGACUGUAAUAUUGUCCAUAAAGUUUUUCAAUUGCCUACGAUAGAAUGAUGUAAUAUUGUUCUUCCAAGGAAAUUAUGCAAAUAAAGAAAUUCAUUUUUGCUA